AUGGCAGAAGUACAUAUCUGUUCAGCGCAAGAUUUUCAAGAAUAUCAGUUUAUCAAAGACUACUCUCGCCUGUGGAGCGUCUUCAUUUCUUCCGCAAACGUCUUGCUUUCAAUUUUUGCUUUUUUUGGAAACUCCCUUAUUUUAUUUGCUUUGUACCGAUGUCGCUCGAUUCAUCCUUCAACGAAAGCUCUUUUCUACAGCUUGGCUUUGUCGGAUUUUGGGGUAGGAUUGCUGGCGCAGCCCUUACAAGUUGCCUCAGGUUUAGCGGUUCUCCGAACAAACCUCUAUCUGUUCUGCUCAAUUCAACCUUUCUACGCAGCAGCAGCGUAUUUCUUCUGCGCGGUUUCGUUUGUCACCAUUUCAGCAAUUAGUAUCGACCGAUAUCUUGCACUUCAACUUCGUAUGCGGUAUCGUGUGAUUGUUACUGCAAAAAGGCUUCGCCUGACACUGGCAGUGUUGUGGAUCUGCAGCAUUGUAUGGGCUGUCUCUCGCAUGUGGAGCAUGCGAGUAAAUAAACUCAGCGCAAUCAUCUUCGGUUUCCUUAGCAUUGUCGUAACGUGUUCGUGCUAUUUUAGAAUUUACUGGUCUCUGAAACUUUUAAACACCAAAAUUGCGAGCCAGGCUAGAGCACGCAGAAAAAAUAGGAAAGCUUUAAAUAUUUUACAAUUUAAAAGAUCCGUCAAUAGUAUGAUGUGUGUUUUUGGUUUUCUUAUCAUUUGUUACAUUCCUUAUUUCUGCUCAUUGCUGGCUUUUGCUGCCCAAGGUUACAAUUCAUCCAUCGUUUUAGCUACUAAUUUAUCAUCUGUGGUGAUUUUUCUUAAUUCUUCUUUGAAUCCGUUUGUCUACUGUUGGCGAAUUAAUGAAAUUCGCUGGAGAGUGAUAUCCAUUGUUCGUAAGCUGUGUCCUUUGUGUACAAAGUCUAACUCGCAAAUCCAAAUCUCGAGAUACUGA